AUGAAGCCCCUUGUCCAAUCCACCAUUGCGCUGGCAGCGUGCACGGCAUUCAGUUCGGCAGAGACGGUGUACACAGGAGAUACGCUCUCUGGAUAUCCGGUGAUCUCGGCGCUCGACAUCACCGAUGUACCUUCAAACACGAUAUCACGGUUCUGGCUGUCACCAGGAGCUGGACAAGGCGGACUGGCAUACUUCCUACCGAUUUUCGUGGCGAGGGGCAACGAGGAGUCGCUUGAGAUCGGCCGCAAGCUCUCCUUGUCGGCGUCCAUCCAUGGAGAUGAACUGAAUCCUGUCGCUGUGGUACAGAAGGUCUUUGCACAGCUUAACGAAAGUGUGACAUCUGGCGACUUCAAUGGAACGAUCAUCGGACUACCCACGCAGAAUCCACAAGGCAACUUUCUGAACCAGCGAAACUUCUUCACAAGUUCCUCCAACGGGUUCUUUACAGAUCUGAAUCGUAAUUUUCCAGGCAGGAAUAUCUCCAGCGGGGGCAGUCUUGUGCAAUCGUACACUGAUGCUAUCUGGAACAACGUUUGGGGCAACUCUUCCAACGUUGAUGUGGCCGUUGACUUUCAUCCUCUGUCCACAGGCUCGAACGGACCACUCUGGGCAUAUGCAGACUACGGCUUUGAAGGCGUGCAGCGUAUUGCAGAGCUAGCACAGCCAGACAUGAUUAAGAUCGAUCCCGGUGAGCCAGGAAGCAUCGAGACAACGUGGGUACAGAAUGGCAUUCCUGCCAUUACGCUGGAGAUUGGACCAGCCAACAUCUGGAAUCAAACACUGAUCCAGCGUGCUGUGGACUUUACCUUCCGUCUACUGAAUGAUUUGCAAAUUACGAGUGGCGAGGAGUAUCAGCCAGACCUGUCUAACAUAUAUGUUGCAACGAACUUCUCGAAUCCUCGUGUAUUGUACAGUGGCUGGGUUGAGCUCGAUAUUGAUGUACUGGAGGAUGUCGAGGAAGGUCAAGUCAUUGGUCGGGUGUACAACUCCUGGGGAGAUAAGGUGGAAGACCUGAUGUCGCAGGUGACGGGGAGAGUGUUGACGGUGCUGGUCGACCCAGCUGUCGAGAUAGGUGCCAGCGUUGCGAGCAUCGGCUACAAUGCCACGAGUGGUGCAUGA